AUGAGCAUUGGCGACCGGAUCGAUCAACUUGAUAAGUUGGUGCGUACCUUGGUUCAAAAAAAGGGGCAACAGACCCGACAAAUGCCGACUUUGGGCUCAGAAAUUGUGGCCAUGGAGGGUCAGAUUGAUAGCUUUUCCCAAAUUGGGUCGAGCAAGCCACCACAGAGCGGGACGGCCACCCCACUGUUCUCGGUUGACGAUGGCUCUAUGCAACUACCGAGUCAUGCGUCUCUUUCAAACGAUAAGGACCAUGAAUUGUCGGCCGGCCCAUCUACAGCAUCUUCGGAAUAUGGCAGUAUGCGUCCCCACUCCCAUGGUGCUGAGUACGUUGGGAGCGCCCAUUGGGCUGCGGUACUAGACAGCAUAUCCGAGCUCAAGGAUCAUUACGAGGAAGAGGAAGAGGCCAGGAUGCUGGGGAACAAUGACCAUAUGCCAUACCGCAGCCCGGGUCCUCUUCUAUUCUACCAGCCUGUCAACGUCACUGAGGCGGGAAUUCUUGCGUCAAUACCGGCCCGUCCCGUUGUUGAUCGCAUGAUAGCGCGCUACUUUUUUAUCCGAGACACUGCACCGCUGCCCGUACUGCAUAGUAAACAAUUCCUCGCAGAGUACGAAAGGUUCUGGCAGAGUCCAACCUCAGUCUCAUUGUUGUGGAUUGGCCUCUUAUUCAGCAUUAUGGCUCUAACAAUGCAAUAUCAACAACUGACAGAAGAUCCAGCGGACCCCGAAACCAUAUCCCGGGUUCAAAUGUUCCGUGAAAGGACAAUCAAUUGUCUUGCCUUAGGCGAGUUCACCAGGGGCAAAGACUAUGUGAUAGAGACGCUGCUUCACCACAUGACUCUCGAAGUGCUCCUAUGUAAGGACGCCGACAUUGGGGUCUGGCUUUUAUUAGGUAUAGUUGUACAGCUCGCCCUGAGCUUAGGAUAUCACCGGGAUCCCCGAAAAUUUCCCAGAAUUCUGCCAUUCCAAGCUGAAAUGAGGCGUCGCAUCUGGGCUGUUGUGGUGCAAACGGACCUGCGACUCUCAAGUCAGAUGGGAUUUCCGCGACUCUUAAAGCUACAACAAUGUGACACAGCUGAGCCCUCAAAUCUAUUGGACUCUGACUUUGAUGAGACGACAACCGAGCUACCCCCAUCAAGACCGGAGACCGAACUCACACCCACACUGUCAAUUCUCGCCAAAAAUAGGAUUGACCACAUGUCCGAGCUGGUCAGUAAUCUUCUCGCUGACACCCGGGAGCAUUCCUACUCGGAUAUCAUGGCUCUGGACAGCAAACUACAGAAAGCCGAAGGCUCUUUGCCGCCAAUCUUCAAAUGGCAGCCUCUCAGCCAGUCGCUGAUGGUGCCACCGCACAUAAUUAUGCAGCGUGUGUGGCUCCGACUUGCUAUUCCACGCUUGAAAAUCUGGCUACAUCGGAAAUAUCUUCUUUCUUCCUACGAGCAGGCAGAAUACCAAUACUCACGAAAUUCUUGUCUACAAGCUGGCAUACAGAUCCUCGAAUGCCAACAAUUACUAGACGAGGAAACACGACCGGACGGAUUGCUAUAUCAUGUCCGCUGGAUGAUGACAUCACUCAGCCAGUUUGUUUUUCUGCACGGCAUGAGCAUUCUCAGCUACUAUGUGCAAAUGUGCAAAACGCUACCCGAUAUCUCAACGGAUCGGGAAACAUACUCGAAAAUAUACACCCUGCUGCGUGACACGUAUCCCAUUUGGUUGCGCUCAAGUGCUGUAUCUCAUGAGGCCCGGCAAGCAGUGAAGCACCUUGAUAUCCUGUUAGGGCUACAAGGAAGAUCCGGAGCCCCUGUGCCACAGCUCUUCGAUGGAAAUGCUGAGCCAGAUGCUGCUACCACACAAUUUGAAUAUCCAAGCAAUAUGACACCUUUUGACCAAAUGGUCUGGGGAACUUAUCAAGAUUGUCUCAUCAAUCUCCCUUCCCCGAGGGGGUUUAGUACCGACUUGCUUAGCCAGCCGGGAGCUGGGCUGCCACGAGAAUCAGACCUGUCUAUGAUGGACUUGAGGGCGAUGAGGCAAGAUGAAAUGAGUGAAUGGACAAGCCCAGGCUUUGUAUAA